UAAUAACAUAAGCUUCGGCGGUCUGGCGAAAAUAACAAUCACUCUGCCAACAUCAGUGAACCCAAAACUCCGCACGCAGUUCUACUUCAAUGGCGGACUGAGCGAGCCGUUCCGCUCCCCGACUCAAUGGGUCCUCCCUCACCUUCCAAUCCUCCGUCCGCCCCGCCCAAUCCCCAGGUCGAUGCCGAUGUCGGCGACAGUGCGGGAGAUGCGGAGGACAGAAAGCCUGAUUCAACCGAGCUCUCCCCGGACUCCAAUGAUGCCGGGGACAUUGAGAAGUACAGAAAAUAUGAAGCAGACUAUACUCAGCGACUGAUGGCAAAGUACUUCUCAAAAAAGACUAUAUACGGAGGUGACAUAUUUGAUGAGAAAUUGACAAUAGAUGGUGAGGUCAUAAAGUCCAGCAGGUGGCCUUAUACCCGAUCAUAUGCAGACACUGUAAACAGUUUUGAGGACCAGAGCUGGAGUGACUCAGCUUCGGCAGCUGAAACAGCUAUGACCAUCUCAAAUGGGAAGCAUCCACUGAAGAAGAGUGGCUGACCCUGAUGUUCUCGUUCUUGUACUUCGGUUGAAUCAUUUCAUAGUUCAGGGAGAUAUUGAUGUCAGAGAAUGUUAAAGCUAAGGAAGCAUACUUUUUUCUCGCUACCGACGUCCACUCUUCCAUAAUACUCACUAGGCAAAAGAAUGGAAGGCUAUACAGUCUACUGACCAACUAGUGGGAAUCCGAAUUUCUAUAGGAAUUAGACGAUGCCCUCUUUUGUAUAUUUCAUGAUGACUCUUCAUUUUGCUGAUUGGCCCUGAGAAUUGAACUCAUUA